AUGAAAGAUGGCGGACGCCUUGCGGCUGCAAUUGAAGUCCUGACAGAAAUAGAAAGCCGGCACAGACCGGCACAGGUCGCCUUGAAGGACUGGGGCAAUUCCCACAGAUUUGCAGGUUCGGGCGACCGCACCGCGAUCGGGAACCUCGUAUUUGAUGCCUUGCGGAACAGGGCAUCGCUUGCUGCGCGAAUGGCAAGCGACCUGCCGCGGGCCAUUACGCUCGCGACUUAUGCGGUAACCUGGCAAAAAGGCAUCGAAGCCCUGUCGGAUGCACUUGUGCAGGACCGCCACGCGCCUGAAGAACUCACAGAAGAGGAAAUUGCCCGGCUUGAGGAUAGCUUCGACCUGGAAAUGUCAGCGUCAGAUCGGGCAGACGUUCCUGAGUGGUUGUGGCCUGAAUUCGUAGCUGCCUUCAAUGACAGUGCCGUGGAAGAGGGGGGCGCGCUUGCCACACGUGCGCCCGUGGAUCUGAGAACCAACACCUUGAAGGCGGACCGGGAAAAGGUCUUGAAACGCCUCAGCCAUACGGGCGCGGUUGUUGCCGGUAUUUCGCCGGAAGGCAUCCGCAUCGAGGCAAAGCCCGGGCUCGGGCGCAUGCCCCACGUCCAGGCAGAGGAAGGAUACCGGAAAGGCUGGUUCGAGCUGCAGGACGAGGCCAGUCAAUUGGCGGCAAUUCUGGCUCAGGCUAGUCCGGGUGAACAGGUUCUGGAUUAUUGUGCGGGCGGUGGCGGCAAAACGCUUGCUCUCGCAGCAUCGAUGCAGAACAGGGGGCAACUCUACGCAUACGACGCGGACAGGCUGCGCCUCGCGCCAAUUCAUGAACGCCUCCAGCGCGCGGGUGCGCGGAAUAUCCAGGUCAGGGAUCCGGCGAGCACGACACUUGCGGAUCUGGAAGGUCAGAUGGACCUGGUGUUCAUCGACGCCCCUUGCACAGGCACCGGCGUCUGGCGCCGCAGACCGGACUCAAAAUGGCGUCUGACGGACAAGUCACUUGCUGCCCGUGUCGAAGAUCAGCAACACGUUCUCCAGAACGCGAGCAGGUACGUCAAACCCGGCGGCCGGAUGGUCUAUGUGACCUGCUCCGUGUUGCCCCGGGAAAACCAGGAACAGGUGAAAUGGUUCCUGGGGGAAAACAGGGAUUUUGAAUCAAGGUCCGUUAUCGACAGCUGGAACAAGUUGUUGCCGUCGCGACCGCAGCCGAAAUACGUUUCUGAGCGCGGUGAAAUCCUGUUGACGCCUGCGUCUACCGGUACGGACGGUUUCUUCGUUGCCAUGUUUGAGCGAGCAGCGCCUUAA